GUUCGUGAGGCGCUGCAAGCGCACGCAAAAACGGGGAAGACAAACGCUACGCUGUUCGAUUUACCGCUUACCUUUCGAGUCAGCUGUUUCCGCCGCGCAAAAGAAUAACCGUAGAUCGCCAGCAAUCGACAAAAUACGAAAUUCAAUUUUUUUGCAAGUGAUUCGAAGCAACAGCACCAUCAGCAACAACAACAACACAAGAAUAUACGAAUAAGAAGCAUUAAAAGCAAGCAACAAAACAAAAAGAAAAUUCGAAAAAGUGAAGUGUAUAGAAAAAAUAAGGAGUUAAUUACACGAAGAGAAGCAAGAAAAAUAUACACAACAACUAAAUGCUACAAAUCGCAAAAUAACGGCAUUUCGCGCUUUGUUUUUGUUUUUACUGAAAUUGCCGCCGGCACACACGUGCUAUCUCGCUCGACUUGCCUGCCGCCCCCACUCCGCUCCGCAGCCGCUCCACUCGCUCUCUGUUGAUGCGCGCUUACCGUUAAGUGUGCAAGUGCGGAUCCCCGCGUUUUCUCUCUUCCUUCGCCUGUCACCUCACCUCUCGCCUCUCUCACACACUCCCUCCCACACACUCGGAACUCGUACCCCUACCACGCACACACACACAUUAUUCAGGCUCAGUCACACACACACACACAGAGACGCACACAGGACCCACAACAUACGCACCGUUAUUUUUGGAGACCUAACCCACUGACGCCCCCUCAAACAAGAAAGGAAGAAGCCGAAAAAAAGGUCACAAAGGCGCCCAAAACUUAACCCCCGUCCCCCCUUGCCAAAAAAAAAAACAAGCGAAAAAGAACUCCAUAUAUAAUAUCCCCCGGCAUCAAAAUAUUCGACAACAAAAUUCUCACCGAGGCCUCGAAAGCGCCCCUGAGGGCCGUCGCACUGGCGUCAUUUCUGGGCGACGGGUUCGCCGCCCUCGGUAGCCGCGCCCCCCCGCCCAAGGACCAUCUAAUGGCGUUCGGGGCGGUACUGCACACCAGCCAGCACAAUAUCGGUCGCAGUGAACCGCCCGUUGGUGUGGGCGAUCCCUGUGCCGGUUGCAAUAAACCCAUCCUGGACAAGUUCCUGCUAAAUGUCCUGGAACGCGCCUGGCAUGCCUCCUGCGUACGGUGCUGUGAAUGCCUACAACCGCUAACCGACAAAUGCUUUAGCCGCGAAUCGAAGCUCUACUGUCGCAGCGAUUUCUUUAGACGUUAUGGCACCAAGUGCAGUGGCUGUGGCCAGGGUAUUGCCCCAUCGGAUCUAGUGCGUAAGCCCAGGGAUAAGGUAUUCCAUUUAAAUUGCUUCACCUGCUGCAUAUGCCGCAAACAGCUGAGCACAGGUGAGCAGCUCUAUGUGCUGGACGACAAUAAGUUCAUCUGCAAUGCCGACUAUCUGUUGGGAAAGGCGCCAUCCUGCGGCCAAAAUUCGCUGAGUGAUUCAUUAAUGGGCUCGGCGAGCGAAGACGAUGAUGACGACGAUCCACCGCACUUGCGGGCCACAGCCCUUGGCCUGGGCGUAUUGGGGCCCAAUGGACCCGACUCAGCGGGCGGACCUCUGGGCACAUCGGAUAUAUCAGUACAAAGCAUGAGCACCGAUAGCAAAAAUACCCAUGACGAUUCUGAUCAGGGCUCCUUGGAUGGCGAUCCGGAUGGACGUGGCGAUUCCCAAGCGGAGAACAAAAGUCCCGACGAUGCCAAUGGUUCGAAACGACGCGGUCCCCGCACCACCAUCAAGGCCAAGCAGCUGGAGGUGCUCAAAACGGCCUUCAAUCAGACGCCGAAACCGACACGGCACAUCAGGGAGCAACUGGCCAAGGAGACCGGUCUGCCCAUGCGCGUUAUACAGGUGUGGUUCCAAAAUAAGCGAUCCAAGGAGCGACGCAUGAAACAAAUCACAAGCAUGGGUCGUCCGCCCUUCUUUGGUGGCGCCCGUAAAAUGCGUGGAUUUCCCAUGAAUCUCUCACCUGGCGGCCUGGACGAUGGACCCGGCUUUCCCUAUUUCGCUGCGGAUUCCAAGUUCGAGUUUAGCUACGGCGGUCCCUUUCACCCGCACGAUGGUCCCUACUUUCCAGGACAUCCCGGAGGACCAAUGCCGUUCAAUGCACCAGGCGGCCCCAUGGACCAUAGUGGCCCCAUACCGAUGGUUAACGAAUUCGGACUGACGCCCGAAUCGACGUUUUUGGGCCAAGCGGGCGCUCCGCCAAUGCAACUGCAGUCCGCCGUCGGUGUUGGCGUUGGCGUUGGAGUUGGACCGCCGCCGCCGCCGCCACCGCCGAGUGCCGAGCAUCUGAUGGCCGCUGCCGCAGCGGCGCAGCAACAGGCGGCGGCGCAGCAGCAGCAGAAUGCGCAACAAGCGGCGAAUCAAACGCAGCAGCAGCAACAGCAACAACAACAGCAGCAACAACAAAAUGGCCCCCGAACCAAUUCGCCGGAGUUCAUGAGCUCGGCGAAUUUCAGCGAACCGCAGAAUAUGCAAAAUGAAGGGCUCGUUUGGUAAUAUACGAAACAGUUGGCAGCAACGCGGCUGAGAGGGCUGCUGCGAGCAGAGAGCGAGGAGUAGAGAGCGAAGGAAGGAAAAAAAAACCCGCCCCCACAACGGUCGCUAGCACUAUGGCCGUCUCGCUCUGUUUGCAGACUUGGCCAACUGGCGGCAAGCUGAGAGCGAGACAGAGUCAUCAAAGCCUCGGCGAGAGAGGCUCCCCGAGAGAGAGACAGAGAGAGAGAGAGAGAGAGCGAUAGAGAGGGAGAGUCUCUUCGCUGGCACUGCUCUCUCAGCCGCUCAGCUGCUGCAGCGUUUUGUUUUUGUUAUUAUUAUUAU